AUGUUUUAUUUCUUUCUUGCUCUCAUUCACACUCUUCCCUUGGCAAUUUCUGAUCUUUUGUGCUCUGCUCCUGCUCCUGCCCCUCCUCUUUUUCGCUCUCCUCUCUCUCUCCAGCUCUCUGCACCUGCACCUGUUUUCGCUCUUCCUUCUGCUCUUGCUCAUGCUCUCACUCCUACACCUGCUCCUGUUGUGGCUUUUGCUAUCUCCCUUCCUUAUUCUUCUCCUAGUAUUCCUCAAAAUUCAAGUUUUUGA